UCAUGUGACCCGAGAUUUGGUCGGACAGAGAAGGAGCAAGAUGAAGGCUUUGUGGGCGAGGCUGGCGCUGCUGGUGGUGGUGGCCCUGGAGCCGGCCUUCGGGAGCAAAUAUUCGCGGGAGGCCAACCAGGGCCCGGCUUCCACUCCUGAGGCCGCCGCCCCCGCCGCCUUCCGCCUGGCCCGCCUCAACCAAGCCUGGGAGAAGGCCCAGCGGCUGCACCUCUCGGCCGUGAAGCUGGCCGAGCUGCACAGCGACCUGAAGAUCCAGGAGAAGGACGAGCUUCAGUGGAAGAAGCUGAAGGCCGAGGGCCUCGACGAAGACGGGGAGAAGGAGGCCAAGCUCAGGCGCAACCUGAACGUGAUCUUGGCCAAAUACGGGAUGAACGGGAAGAGGGACGCUCCCCCCGGGGCCACCAACUUCAUCAAGGACGGCCUGGAGGAGGAGGACCUGCUGGACGACCCCCGGCUGGCCAAGCUCUGGAACAAGGCCAAGGCCUCGGGCAAGUUCUCUGAGGAGGAGCUGGAGAAGCUCUGGAGGGAGUUCAAGCACCACAAAGAGAAGGUCCGGGAGUACGAUAUCCUGCUGGAGACCGUGAGUCGCACCGAAGACAGCCAUAAGAACAUGAUCACCCAGGAGGAGGGGGAGGAGGAGGAGGAAGGGAGCCCCUUCCGGGAGGAGCGCCUGCACAGGAAGCACUCGGAGCUCAAGGAGAAGAUGCACAGCAUCAGCCAGGGAUUCGAGCGCCUGCGCCGCGUCGCACACCAGGGAUACGACCCCUCCAGCGAAUUCCAGGAGCCCCGCGUGAUUGACCUGUGGGACAUGGCCAAGUCCACCAACUUCACCGAGAAAGAGCUGGAUUCACUCCGGGAGGAGCUGAAGCACUUUGAGGCCAAGGUGGAGAAGCACCUGCACUUCCAGAAGCAGCUGGAGAUCUCGCACCAGAAGCUGAAGCACGUGGAAGGGACCGGGGACGAGGAACACCUCAGCCGCCACCAGGAGAAGCACGCCAUGCUGCAGGAGAAGACCAAGGACCUCGGGUACAAGGUCAAGAAGCACCUUCAGGACAUCUCUGGCAGGAUCUCUCGAGGCCUUCAGCACAAUGAACUUUGAGGCGUCCUUGCUGCUGCCUUUGGACUUUUGCACAUGGGUCGAAAUCAGGCGUGGAGUCUCUCCGGAGAUCGAGGUCGUUGGUGGAAGUCUCAAGGCCUCCUCCGCUGCCCUUUCCUCCUUCUCCGUCCCUGUUGAGACUUUGGCGCGUCGGGAGAAGGGCUGCUCCGCUGGUUUCUCUCCAUGCUGGGCUAGAUGUGCUGCAGAAGGGGGGCCUUUGAAGUGGGGCAACUGGGAGGAACUGGGAGGGGGCGGGUGGGCAGCCUCUGAACUGUUUCGCCAUAGGUGCCCAACAGAAAGGGGAUUUCUGAUUGCGUUGAUCCUGAGUGUUCACCCUCUCCGGUUGAAUAAAGGACACAAGUGGGACCAGA